UGAAGGCAAUAAGUUUUCAUUCUUCUCGGUAUUCUUCUCCUUAUGUGUUAGUGUCUGCUGUGUUUAUGUAUGAUUUCAUAUUAAUUCAUAUUUCUGUAUAUUAUUGUUUAUACUUUGACGCGACUUUAUAAAUACUUUAGUUUUGUAUAAGGGAUUGGAUAAAAGUUCUCGUCUUCCUCGAAUUUUUCAAAUUUUUUCAAGCCGCAUGCGUUAAUUUAUGUUUAAAAUACCCGACCAAUGGGUUUAAUCGACGUGGUGUAAAAUGCUAUUCUACCAGGGAACUAUGAAAAAUAAGUGACCUUUAAAUGUUUACGUAACAGAUAUGGAAACUACGCCCGAUUUUACAGUCUGUCGUUGGUGUGUAGGACUAAAACAAUGGCAAAAAAGCCAAUUAAAGUGUGUGCCAAAAUCCUAAUCAUGGGUGAGGUUGAACUGAGCCAUUCGACGCCGUUUUUUCGCAGUUCUAAAAGACGAAAAAUCAUGAAGGAGGUUAUUAUUACAAAAUGUAAAAGAUCUGAUGGCACGGACUCUCCUAUAAUAGAGGAGUCACAUGACAGUGCCAUUUCAGACAAGCCUAAGCAGCAAGUCAAGUAUGGCGAACUAGUUAUUUUAGGUUACAAUGGAUUCCUUCCACAGGGAGACCGCGGCAGAAGACGUAGCAAAUUCGUCUUGUACAAGCGACCGGCUGCCACGGGCGUCAAGAAAUCCAGGCACUAUGUCGUCAAAACACCUCAUUCGUCCCAAGCGAUAUUGGACACGAUGCAACACUCAAUAUCGUACACGCUCAGUAGGAAUCACGCAGUAAUCGUCGAGUACACUAAUGAUGAGGAGACUGAUAUGUUUCAGAUUGGUCGAUCGUCGGAAUCGCCAAUAGACUUUGUAGUAAUGGACACAAUACCCGGAGACAAGAACGGAGAGGUCAAAGUGAACCAAAGCACCAUAUCCAGAUUUGCCUGUCGAAUAUUGUGCGAAAGAAACAACCCAAAAGUGGCCAGAAUAUAUGCGGCCGGUUUCGACACAUCACGAAAUAUAUUUUUAGGGGAAAAAGCGUGUAAAUGGCAGGAGAACGGCCGAGAAAUCGACGGCCAGACGACGAACGGGGUGUUAAUAAUGCACCCGAGCGGCGGUUUCUGCGGGGGAGAGGCCAAGUGCGGAGUGUGGCUGGAAACGUCGGUGGGGGGUGGCAUUUUCACCAAGCGAGAAUCCAGAUCGGCUCAACAAAGGGGACAAAUGGUCGAAGAUGUAACAAAUGUAUUACAGGAUGGUACUUUAAUAGAUCUAUGUGGGGCGACACUCUUAUGGAGAUCAGCUGAAGGUUUAGAAAAAACACCUAGUAAACACGAUUUAGAAAAAGUAAUAGACGAAAUAAACGCGGGCAGACCGCAGUGCCCGGUGGGACUGAACACCCUCGUCAUACCAAGAAGAGUGUCGCCCAACGAGAACCAGCAACAACCGUACGUCUACCUAAACUGCGGACACGUGCAGGGAUUGCACGAUUGGGGCCAAGAUAAGGAUUCGGGUGCGAGAAAGUGCCCUAUAUGUUUAGAGCAGGGACCAGUUGUUAAAGUUUGUAUGGGAUUGGAACCGGCAUUUUAUGUAGACUCAGGAUUACCAACUUUUGCUUUCAACCCUUGUGGCCACAUGGCUACAGAGAAAACAGUAAAAUACUGGGCUAAUGUCGUAAUUCCUCAUGGCACAAACGGAUUCCAGUCAGUUUGUCCGUUUUGUGCUUGUCCACUUUCAGGAUCCCCUGGAUAUAUCAGACUAAUAUUUCAGGAUAACGUCGAUUAAUUUCGAUACACGUAUUUUUAAGUUUAGGGACUUUUUUGUUAUAAAUACGUUCUUAAUUAUGAAAUAUCUACUGGCUGAAUACAUUAUUCGCAAAUACGUUCUUUUUUAAACGUUAUUUUUUUAGAAACUUGCGACUUUUAACGACUGAUCUCGUAUUUAAAAAUUUUUAUGUUUUUUACAUCCUUUUUUACAUUUUGAGAUAUUUUACACUAUAUAAUUUAAGUAUAUGGCUUACAUAAGUUGUAUUUUAAUUCUAGAAGAUUCUAAUUUGAUUCUAUAGUAUAUUUUUAACUUUGUUGGAAUUGACUUCUUAUCAAUUGAGUGGCAGUAUGAUCUAAUAAAAUUACUACUCCAAGCAUCUUAAAAAUGAACUAUUUGCCAAUAAUACAACAUUAAAAAUAUUGACCAGUUAAUAACUUUAAACGGGAUGCAAUCUGAGUUAUAACUGAAUAUUUCAACAAAUUUCAGAUUAACCUCAGGUUCUAUACAGUUAUUAUUGCUUUAAUUAUUACAUUUCUAUUUAUUUUGACAGAGAUGCGUGAAUAAUAUUUGUGUGAAUUGUUAAGACUGGUUAGUGUAUAGCAUUAAUAUAUUGUAAUCGAUUUAGGAGUUCUUAAGGGCUGAUUUAUAGUUUUUUUUUAAUUAAAUAAUAAUGUCCAGGAUUACUUAACAUGUGUACAUAUGAACAGCUGAAUAUAUCAGCGAUGAAACCAGAGCCCUAUUUGUGUAAAAUUAAAAAAAAUAGAGUUUAAUAACUAAAUUUGAAAUCAAAAAUAUAUGAAAAAGCCUCACCUUUUUAACAUUUUUAAAUAUUUGAAGUUUUAAUUUAUUAAGCAUAAAAAAUAAUAUUUAUUAUUACAUAUAUAUCCUAAUCAACAAUUAUAUGUUUUUCAAAAAAAAAUGCUAGACAUAUGAUAUUGUCUUUAAAAACAAUUAUCUCAGGUGAGCAAUUUAAGUUAUUUAUUUAUUAUAGAUAUUUAAAAUUGGGAGACUUCUAAUUUUUAUAGUAAAUAAUGUUGUUAUUCUAUUCUCUUCAAAACUUAUUUUGCUUAUUUUGAGGUACAUAAUAUUACACCGAUGAUGUUUUGAGUAUAAAACUAAGCAUGUACAUAAUGUAGAAUAGGAUUUCAAAUGUAAUUUAAAGUUAAGUUAAUUUUAAUAAAUAUAUUCACAAAAGAAUUUAUCUGUGCCUGGAUCAUUAUUCACUAAUAAAGUGUACAAAAUUUGAUGCAUGCCUUUCUGUAUAAUAAAUUCUUGAAA